ACCGAGCCAAGUCGCCAGGCCAUAGUUCCCCCGCCCAAAGUGGCGCACCCAAAGUGGUUGCAGGAUGUCGCGUCGGCGAACCAUCCCAAUGGACAAAACCAUUCUGGAGGCCUUGUCGAAAGUCGAAAACGUCGACGGGCUUUCAGAGAAGGAGAUUUGCGAGAAUCUGGAGGUGAUGCACGAUAUCUUGCAAAGUUGUGACCCAAAGCAGGUCACCAAGUAUUUCACUCAGGAUCACCCGGUUCUCUUUGAUGCGGUGCUGACCAUGGCGAGGCUUGAUGUGUUGCCAUUAGACAUUAGUGUCACUUCUGUGCUGGAAUUUCUGAACGAGUAUUCCUUCAUGAAGCUGACUCUCGACCCACAUGACACUGUUAAGGUGCAAAGCGAGAGGCUGCAAGUGACCUCCUACGAUUUUGCAGCAAUCACGCUGCCAGAGCUUGCUUUCGGUGCAGCGAGAGAAUUAACCAUUGCAUUAUACUUCACAGUGGAUGACUUUGGCGCAGAGGAAAGCGACCAGAAACGUUUUGGAUUUAUUUUCAAUACGCUUCGAGUCUAUUUCUCGCCGGAGCAGGAUGACGCUGGAAUCGACAUGUUCCGCAAAGUUUACUUGGACUGGGGCAAGCAAGGGCAAGAGCCACAACGCCACAAUUUGAAUUUUUCAUUUCUUGAAGGUGAGCGCGUUCGCUGCGUCCUGAACCUUUCGCAGGAUGGCAUUAGUUGCCUUCAGAUUUGCAAAGUUGGCGCCUUCGCUGAUAGCGUUUUCGUGCUGCCCCUGGCUCUGACCCUUACGGAUUUCUGCCACCCCACCAGGAGCACGAUUGCCCAGCUGUCCAUCUUUAUUGAGGCGCCCAGGUGCAAGAAGAUGUUCUCCCUGGAGAGCAUCUCCUUGCUGCAGGGCACCUAUGGCGCCUUAGAUCCGGAGGUGGACAUUUGCUGGCCCAAGCUGCGGAAGAACUGCUUCCAGCUGAUCGACCUCAUGUCGCCCUUCAUGCGGAGGGGCCGGCACAACAGCCACCUGGACCUGCGCGCCCGGGCCAUCACUGCGGUGCUGCACCUGCUGCUGGCGCUCGGCGAGGCACGGAGCCAGGACUCCAUCACCUCCAUACUCAAGAACAUCGACCAGAUCGUGCUGCGCACCGAGGACAUCUCCAAGGUGGUGCCGUCCUUGCGGCACUUCAUCGACUUGUUGGAGUACUACGUGGGCCUGGACAACACCGCUGACUUCGAGGAGGAGAAGGCUUGGCUGCUGCAGGUGGUGGCCCACUGCUGUGCGGGGGAUGAGCAUCUGUGCGCGGAGCUGCUGAGGUACCGGGAGGGAUCACUUCUGAUCAGUCUUUCCAGGAUGCUGAUGGACGACAGCAAGAUCGCCUGGAAGGAGGUGCUCCUCUUACGCGAGCGGGGCAGCGAUCGGCACGUGCACCCGGUGCUGAUGAUGCAGCGCUCCGCCCUCUUCGCUUUGUCCUGCCUAAUGCAGCCCCAGCAGGUGGCAGACAUCGUGAUGCGUGCCAUCGACUGCAAGCUGGAGCGUCGGAUUAUUGGGACGCUGGAUAGGGAGACGAUUUCGGUGUACUUCGCGGGCCAGGAGUCCAGGAAGACCUACACCAUGUCCUUCGUCAUCGUGAUGCGGGCCAAGCAUUGCAGGACGUCCAAGGUCCCGGAUUUCCAGCCCCUGGUCCUGGGUGCGGACACGAAUCUGCCAAGUGUCUACAUCAAUUUGCAAGAUUUCCGGCUUUGGAUCCAGAUCCCCACCUCGGGCAAGCACGAAACCUUUGUAUGCCAGCAGAGCCUGGAUUCCUUGCCUCCAGGGCAGGUGGUGGUGACCAUCGUGGUGAAUGGCAACUCCAUCCAGGUGUAUUUGAACGAGCAGGCGCAGCUGUCCAACACGACAAAGCUCAGCGAGGACCCGCAGCUGAUCCGCCAUGGCGGGCUGCUGAGCGGCAAGGUGCCCCAACUGAUGCCGGUGUCCGAGGGCCCCGUUUUCGACGGGGUGCUGACGCUGCUCAGAGCCAGCCAACAUCCGGGAGCGCCCCACGAGGUGGAGAACUCCAUCCGGGCGCAGCAGAAGGAGGCAAAGCAGAUCUUGACCAAGAAGCUGUCCCAAUCCUCCGACAGCGUCUUCAACGUCACGGAGGCCGCCUCGGUGCUGCUGCAGUUUGUUCGCCUACAGUUUCAUGAUGACCCCGCCACGCGCCGAGAGAAGCGGCGCCUGGGAGAGAUGGAUUUGAUCGACCCCGUCACCACGCUUUGGAUUUUGUGCAACUCCGGGCUUGUCGCUCAGCUGCUGCCCCACUCGCACCCGAGGUAUGUGGGUCUGCUGAAGACACCCUUGCAGCGCUCCAUCUUCCUGGCCGCUUUGGUGGCCGACAACUUUGAGAAAACCGAGGUGCACAGCCUGCAGACGGGCUUCCCUCCCGCGAGUCCCGACGUGGCCCAGCCCAAGCCCCCGGACCACUCGGUGCUCAUUGCCGCGGCCAUUUUCAUCAACCAUCUUUUACAGUCCCCAAGAGGCCGGACUGUCAUGAGCGAGGAUAGCUCUGCUAUGCUGGUAGUCCGGAUUAUCCCCUUGAGCGGGGUCUCCUUAGACCUCUCGGCAUAUGUGCAGAAGUCCUACCGGACUCUCACUUCCAAGAUUUGCGCAUUGCUUUUGCAUGCUCGGCAAGACGCAGCAACCACAUCCCUGGCCUUAGAUGCCCUUUUCAAGAAAAGCCUCAGCGAUGAAGGCCUUCUCUUCAAGGAAGAUUUGCAACACCUCCUGCUCUCACAGGCACUGACUGCCAUAAUGGGCAUCAUGGACAGAUCCAUGAUCUCGCGCGAUGCAGCGGCCAGCCGUAUGCAGCGCCUGCAGCAAGAAAGUGCGCAUCUACAGGAACUCAUGCGGGCGGCCGAGCAGUCUGCGACCCGGGAGUCCGAGGCGAUGCAAGCCAUGCACCGACAGCACGUGACAGCCAUGCAGGCCGACAUCACGAAGCUCAAGGCUGAGAUUGAAGACUUGGAUCAUCUUUUGAUUCAAACUCAGAAGCUCCAGCGGCAAUUCUUUCUGCAGCUGCACCAUAUCAUGGACGAGAUCAUCCAGGGCUUGCCAUUGCAUCCAGCAGACUUACGCUUGCUGAGCCAGAUGGUGAACACGGCCGCCAAGGUGCCAUACACUUGCUUCUACCGCAGCAACGAGCUUUACACGCAGAAGAUGCUGGAGACGGAGCUUUCAGAGGGGAUGCCCUGGGAGGUGUGGCUGGAAUUCCGGGCUCCUGGAUCCCGGAUCGAGGCCAAGGUCUCCAAGCAGUUCCCAUUGAGGCCGCGGAUGCGGGGCCCACGCAGCCGAGUGCUGAAUGUCAUGGAAGAGGUCACUUUGAGGGAUGAGCGGAGCAUCCUGUCCCCCAAGCUCAACGGCUUGUCAUCUUCUUCUCACGUCUUCUGCCACAUCGUCGGCUCUCAGGAGCAGCUGCAGGCGGACGUGGAGCUGCGCUUGCUGCCCCACUACGACCCCCCGCUGCGUCUCGCGGAGGAGCAUUUGUUGGAGCGCGCCACCGACUUCGCCAUGGCGGUGCUGCGCACCGAACACCUGGCCCCCGAGACCUACGCCAAUGUGUGCCUCCUGCUGUCGCACGCGGACGCCGGGGAGGCCCGCGCUGCCUCGCUGCUCCCGCACCUGGCCACGAUCCUGAUGACCUGCUGCCGAGACCGAUGGCUUUGCCGUGUGGUCUGUGCAGAUCUGCUGCAAGGGGUGCUGUACCCAGAGAAGCACCUGGCCCCAAUCUUGUUCCUGGCUGGCACGGCCACCAGCACACCGCUGGACACCAGACUUUAUGUGCUGCAGAUCUGCAGUCAGGCUAUCCACCCAGCCCUCACGCCGGAGGAAGGCUUCCACCAGUUCAUCGACAACGUGUACAGACACCGCAUCGAGCUGAAGGCGGAGGAGCUUCCUCGCCCCAGUCCGGGCGAUGAGCACAAGAAGGCGGGGGUGGUAUCCUCCCUGCUGAGCUGCUUGCACCAUGACCUGCCCCGAGAUUUUCAGAUUGCUCUGCUCAACUUAGCUGAAGCCAUUUUGGCACGGGAUGCCGCAGAGUGCACAGAGCUCAUCAAUGAGGCUCAAUGGGCUGAAGGGGCCGUUGUAUUUCCAGAUCAAAAACCUGGAAAGUAUUCUUUCUGGCGUGAGCUACAUUGGUUCCUCAUGUAUGGGCAUCCCGAUGUUCAAGAUGCGGCAGUGAGGUUGGUGAUGAUCAUGUUCUGGCAGCAAAGUAUCCAGCUUAUCACCUUGGUGUGCACUCCUUCGGAUACGGGACAGCUCGCAGGUAAUGAUUGGCUUAUGGUGCCCUUGAUGCGACUUCUUGGCCACAAGAACGAUGAGGUGGUGAAGGACAUCCUCAUGCUGUUCACCCCGUUGGCUCAGAGCCAAGAGACUGAGGAGGACGACGAGGACUCAACUGAGGUCAAGCUGAUGAGGCUUGCCAAAUCCACCAUCUCCGAAGCCAGCCGCUCGGUGAUCUUGAAGGAGGCCAUGGUCCAGGUGAGCCCGCGGUUCAUUGUCAGGGCCAUGGAUUGGCCCUGCGACGUGCGCGACUUUGUGCUUCAGGUGGUGCUGACGCGCUCCGUCAUGCAGGAGCUCACGGUUUCCAUGUCUGGUGAGUUCUGGGAUGUGAUCAUCCACCUGCUGCGGGAGUGCGGCCUAGCCGGCCAAGCCUGGGUCUCCACCACUUUGAAGGAGCUGGCCCGCAUUGCUGAGAAGACCGCCCUUGCGGAGGACCUGCGCAUGGUACGAAGUGUGUGCUCUCCCAAGGUGAUCGCCCGGCUGGUGUCCCACAUCGCGGCAGGCACCGUGCUUUCUGACUCGGACGUGGCGAAGGAGAUGUCCCAGGCGUUGGCAGAGGUGCCCGACUCCCUGCUUUCCCUUUUGAUUCUCUUGCCGGAGAAGGAACAGAUCAAGCUGCUGGCCGGCACCUUGAAGGAUUUGCUGAACAUCGGCAUCGAGGAGGUGGACGAGCGCUUUCAGCCAGGGCACAACAAGCGCACCAGCGACGCGGUCAAAACCUGGGUCGGCCGCUGCAUCCUGAUUUUCCUCUCCGCCGCGCUGCUCAACGACAUGGAGCGGCAGUACCCCAGGGACUGUCCCAAGCGCGACGCCAGUUCCAACGCCUGCGAGCCACUGCCGAUCUUGGUGCCGGGGGCCCAGCAGGUAAAGAUUACCUGCGUCAAGAAGAAGGCCAUGACCGUGGAUAUCCUGGUGAGCAAGGAGAGCCCGGCGGCUUCCAUGGACCCCAAUGCCAACAAUGUCACCAUCCCCACCAAGAACUUGCCGUACUCUGUUGCGGUCUCCUUUGAGACUGAGUUUGCAGUGAUCAGCCCUGGAAGGAUAUGGUGCUGCUUCGACAAGUCCAUGAGCCGAGGAGAGAAUCGAGAAGAGUUCAAGAUGCAAAUCGAACCGCAGUUCAUGUUUGGCUCUAUCAAGCGCCAAGCCGUUGAAGACUUUUUCGCUUCUGGACACUUUAAGAAGCUGCUGCAGGCGCUGCUUCCCGCCCCAGCAGAUGACCCGAACAGCGUGCGGGGUGUGCCGCUGGGUGUGAUUCAGGCCACCAACUGGAUCUUUAGUGUCUUGGCCUACGAGCUGGAGUGCCAGCUGAAAGGCUUGCGCGAGCCGCUUCGGGCCCUGACCCCGGAGUUUUGCCCCAUCCUGGAAAUGCUUCGGAUCGUCCGGACCGUGGUGUAUCGGACAGUGGCGGUAAGGGCCCACGAGGAGGAGUACGAAGCCAUGCAACUGCAGAUGGCCGCGGCUGAGUCCACCAUCUACACCUUCGCUCGAGUGCCCGCCUUCAAGGAAGCGAUUCUGGGAGGCCCCAAGUGGAAACAUUUGCCGAUACUCCUGGACAUGAUGAAGUGUCGGCUGGAGCCUCAAUGGGUGAACACCAUGGCCAAGGUGUUGGCAGCCAUCAUCAAUCGCAAGCCAGAGAGCAUCAGAUCUCCAUUUGAGUCUCUGCUGAUUUACUUGGACCUGGCCAUGAGCAAGCGAUUAAUCGACUCGGUUGACUACAGAGUACUCACGCCCGUUGUGAGCGUGUAUGCCGACCUGUUGGAAGCAGGCUGGACGCCGACCUACGCAGAGAUGGAGAAUCGGCCAAAGCCUGGAGUGCAAUCCCUGCGAGAUCCGCAGAACGCUGGCGCCAAGAACUCAGAUUUGUGUCGAUUUGCUCUGCUCUUGGUGAACUCUUCCGACCCCUUGAUGCGGGCUGCAUGCAUUCGAGCCAUCCGAGUUCUUGGUGGCCGGCCAGCUCGCAGACAACUGAUUUUGCACCUCACUCGCUUCGUGAACAUUUGCAUGCUGCCACCUGAUCCUAAAACCCAGAAGCCUUAUCAAGGUCUCCCGCCACAGGGUCUAUCCAUCGCGCUGCCCCGGAAGUCCUUCCACUUGCCGCCCUUCGGCUACUCCAUGUGGCUGUACCUGCAAGACGAGGUGGUGCGCAGCGAGUCAGGGAUCCGAAUCUUCCACAUCAUGAGCCACACCACGCCGGCCAGCAGCGUGCCGCAGGUGCAGCUCUACUGCGCCCCGGAGCUUGAGACCCGUGACACGUGCCGCCUGGAGGUGGCCCUCAGUGAGACCCGCUUCGCCUGCGGCGGCCAGGUGCGGCGCGGCAGGUGGGCGCACGUGGCGCUGGUGCUGGGCCGGCGCCGCAUCCUGGUGUAUUUGAACGGCGACCUGGUCUUGGAGCAGGACACCUCCGGCAAGCAGCAGUUCUCCCUGAGCGGGCCUCAGCGGGGCACCUGCUAUGUGGGGGUGCCGCCCCCAGAUUUGGUGCCCUUCCACGCCAUGAACUGGUUCUUCCCGGGCUUUAUCUUCGAAUUGGCCUACCACGAUGAGGGGCUGACCGCCUCCCAGGUCCAGAACCUGCACCUGGCGCGGCCCGCGCUGCCGCAGGACCUGCAUGCCUUCGAGUCCGCGGAGGAGAAGUGCUGUGUCUUCCCCUACAUCUACUUCCGGCCCUCGCCGCUGAAUUGGCUGGUCACCAGCGAUGUCUGGGAGAAACUGGAGGGCCCCAUCCUGGGCCUGCUGGCCUCCAAGGAUCAUUUGCUCAAGGACGUGGAUGAGUUCCAGCUGGAGGCGGUGCAGACGUUGCGGGCGGCGGCCAGCAGCUUGCUGGCCGCAUGCUUCGACUUGGACGAGGUCUGCAGCGUGCGACUGCGCCAGUGGGCAGUGAACUUCGGCCAAGUGAAGCAGGUGCCUCCGCUGAUCAAGCUGCACUUGAACGACGAGUCCUUUGCCUUCGAGUUCAAAGUCCGGUUCCGGCAGUACAGUCACCUGGAGGAGGGCGCCAAGGUGCAGACCAUCAUGGCCAACGUGAAUGAGAAGCGCGCGGCAACCCAGAUCGACUCCAGGGACCAGUUCAGGAUUUCCAUCGAGAGUCUGCCAAGCACCACGAACGAUCCUGAGAAGGAUGGCAUGUGCACGGGGGAGGACCAAAAGAACUGCUGGUUUCUGACAUUUGUCUAUUUUCAGAAUGUGACUCAGCUGAAGCUGCCACCUCAGUCAGGGCCAGAUGGCUGGCUUCACUGCACCAUUGGCUAUGUGGAUGGCAAGACAGAGCUGGCAGCUUCCUGGGACGGUGGAGAGCCCAGGAUGGUAGUCGAGAGCUACACCAAAGACAUGUUCCGCACUGAGGUGUAUGUGGGCUGCGAGGUGCAGAUCAACGGAAACAUCAAGAAGCUUUGCAACCAGCUUCUUUGUGACUUAGCAUAUGUCCGGGUUUGGGAUAAUUACGAGCCGGCAGACAAGCUGAAUGAAGAGUUCGCAGACGCGGGGGCACCAAACGCAAUGUUGGUGGCCGGAAACCAAGCUGUUUUUGUUUGCCUCAUGCCCAUCAUCCACGAGGAUCGCGGCUACAUCCUUGAUGCAGUGCCAAUGUCUGCGGAUAGCGCUGCCGCGCAGUCGCGUGGGCCCAACACCAAAGUCUUUCCUUCCGUAAGGGCCAGGUACGACGUGGCGCUCCAAUGGCCUGGCUGCCUUUUCUGUUCCCAGGACUACGUGCCGAUGUUUACGGCGCCCCGGGCCAUUUCAGACGGUCUGGUGCAGCAGGAUGGGCUGCUGCCGCACAGCUGCGCCGUGCUCCGGGCCACUGGCGCCCCGGGGCUGCCUGUGGGAACCGGCAGCUGGCCCUGCACGCAGGCAUGCUUGUCUGAGCGAAGUGCCUACCAGCUGCAGUGGCUGCUACACCACCCCUCCUCCGUGAACGGCAGCAUCAAGAAGGAGCAAUGCGCAGUGGGCUUGUUAAAUGCCGACAACCAGCGCCAGCCCUUGGAGCUCUACCGCAUCAGUUGCGCAUCUCUAGAGGUCUUUGUGGAUCCCAAGAUGGUGCAGCAGGCACCAGACAAGCGCUUAGCAAGCCUGGAAGAGCAGAGGGACUCUGCCAGGGUCAGCCUCACCCGACGAGGCUGUUUGCUUCGCAUGCAGCUUCUGUUUGUGGACUCCAUUCUAUGGGUCUCUGUCUUCAUGAAUGACAUGCUGGUGGAUGUCCAGUCUUUGAUCCUUCCAGGCAAAGUUGCUGUGAUCCCGUUCGUGCACAUGGGCUCUGCUGGCCACAUGUUCCAGUCCUUGCCAAGCCUUUUCACGAAUUUGUGCUGCGACCACUUCAAGUUCCAAUUGCCGGGGAAGAAGGAGCGGAAAAGCCCGCAGCCCAUUUCGCACAUGACUUGGCCCGGAGACUCGCCCCCUGCAGUGUCCAGCACGAAUUCCAUCUAUUCCGCGUAUUGCAAUUUCCGGGACUUCGAGGCUGAGGUGCUGCCUCACCCGUCCAACGACUUGGCUGUGCAGCGCAUCAACCUGCCACUGCAGGACCCACGAGCAGACAACACCCGCGCAGUGCUGGAGGCGGUGCUGGAGGGCGUGCUACAGGAGAAGGACGGAGAGGACGAACGAGACAUCCGAGAGAGGACGGAGAAGAAAUCAAAGCUGCCAGGGGAGGUCCGCUUUUGCGAAGACCUGCCUUUGCUGUGCGCGCUGUGCAGCUCUGAGCAGAUCUGGCGCUUCGUGGCGCGCAAGAGAGACAAGUCGGAGCUGCACAAGGCGGUGCAGGCCCUUCUGCAGAGCAGUCCGCUUCUGGGCUGGGCGGAGCAAACCCGGCGCAGACGCAUGGCCCUGGAGGGCCUGGCCAUUCUUUUGCAGUUCCCCCACACCUACGAGGCGCUCUUUGAGAUGUCUUUUCUGCAGGCAAUGGCUGACGAGAUCUGCAUGGAUUUGGGAUCGGUGCGGGACGACGUCUCGGACGCCAGCGGCCUCACUGUCCGCCUCAACACUCGAGCGCUUCGGGGCCAAAGCUGGAAGAACCGACUGCGCGCCGCACAGAACACCUAUGCUCUCCUGGGCACCACUGCACACUUGCUGUCGCCGGUGGAGGCACCCGCUUUCAUCAGCCUCUUCAACAAAGCACGGAGCCUGGUGGGCACAGAGACUCAGGAGAGGGCCGAAGUGAACUUCCUUCUUCUGGAGUGCCAGGAUGCGAUUUCAACAGACCUUAGCAAGUUCACAGCAGCACUGAAAACUUAUCAGGCUGGCGGUGUCGGGCUGACACCGGGCGCUGACCACGCCUCAGUGAUUUUGAACAUCCUCAACACGCUGUGCCACAUGCUGGGCCGGGAUGAGUACCCUACCCGCUCUGCCGAAAGCGAACACCAAGCUCACAGGCUGAAGAUGCAUGCCUCCAGCAACAUCUACCAGUUCCAUGUCCCGGAUUCCUCUGGCAACGUCAUCACUUUUGACAACCUGCCCAUUGGAAACGGCGCGGUCGAGAUACUGGAAGGAGGGGUGCGCAAAGGGCUUUGGUCACGUUUGGCAGAUCCGCAUGUGAAGAUACAUGUUCAGUCGGACACCUUCCAAUGGCGCUUCAAGUAUGAAUCCGAGGAGGUGACGGCAGUUCAGGAUACCGAGGACGCUGCAGACCGAGAGAAUCGAGGGUAUCGCUUCGUUGUCCGCCCUGUUUGGGAUACAGAUGACAAGGACACGAUCUUGGUCCGUCGCAAAAUGGUACUGGACGAGCCGGGAUUCAUGAAGUUACUCACCAGUCUACACUCACAUUCCAAGGGUUUGGGACCCAGCGGCGCCAAGGUACAAGCCGAUGUAGAUCUGAAGAUUGUGAUGCUUUUGUCUUUCUUGGUGCAAAGAGGCAGCGAACCUCCUCACCCGGCCAUAAUAGAGGACGCACUCGUGGAGAAGAUUGUCUUUCAGAUCAUGUUCCAGCUUCUAGAGAAGCGCCCAAGCAUCGAAGAGCAGACUGGAGUGGGUGGCAAGCGGCGCAUACCAUUGGAUCGCUCACACAUCGCAGUGGCGCGGUUCUAUCAUGGCGUGUCAUCGAGUGAAGAGGGCCGGCAGCAUUUUGCGUACCAUCAGGAGGCAAUCAUGAAGAUUGUGGACAUUGCCAAUAACAACACUCAGGGCGCGACCAAGCCAGAAUGCCAACCGCCGCCGCAUGAGGCAUUGUGCUAUGAUGGCAAUUACAUCAUCAGGUGCCUGACGAACUUCUCCAACAAGCCUACAAAGUGGGCGCUGUCUACUUCACUGAACCUCUUGCGCCCGAAGCAGCAUACGGGCUGGAUGUGCGAGUUUGCGCGAGGGGAGGUGGUGUGGAGUUUGUCGCUGCACGUCUUCCUGAUGGACGAACACCGCGCAGAGGUGCCUGGGGUGAUCUUCUACAAGGGCACUUCGCCCUCCGAGGUGCAGCUGGCAGUGGGGGUGGACCACACCACUACCGUGGCCACCGAGAACCGCGUGAUUCCCGGGUGCCAUCCCAUCGUCAUCCGCUACACCCACGAUGGGCGCCUGAAGACCUUGGUGAUCCCCCACAAGUUUGUAGAGAUCUAUCGCUGGGCUCACUUGGUGGUCGCCUUGGACAGCAACAACAUGACGGUCAUCAUGAACGGGGAGAUCAUCUUUACCCACACCUUGCAGUGCGAGCUCAUGGUGAACUUUCAGCCAGGUCAUCAGGACACUUUCCUGGGCGCACCCCCCUGGGAGUACGGCAGGUCCACUACCGGGUCCGCCUGGGUGUACCAGCUGACCUUGGUGGCGGGCACAGCCCUAGAGGUGCAGCAGGCCAGAGAGCUCAAGGCCCAAGACGAGCUCAGGGCCUGGCUGGACAACGCGGCGGACGACGCCAAGCGCCAGAAGGUCCAGUUCAACCAGUACGGGGUGCCGGGGGUGGACGAUCUGCCGGAUCCCGUGCAUUUGCCCGGGCUGCCCGUGCAGAUCUUCGACCCCCGGCUCAAGGUCGCCUCGGAGGAGGGCAUCGCAGUGCUGUGCGACCUGCUCAAGGACCCCCUGGAGGCCCAGAAGCAAGCGGCGGGCCAAGCCCUGCGGAACUUGGCGGACCCCGCAGUGGUCACCAACAUGCGCCGCGUGGUGAACGUCCUGUUGAAGGAGGAGAACGGGGAGAGGCGCAUGGACAAUGUGUACCAGGUGAUGCUGGAGGCAAAGGGCGCGGCCACCUUUGAGGCCAUUGCGGAACUGGCCACAAACCUGCUUACCUGGAUCCCAGUGGGUGGCGAUGGCAUCGACCGCGCAUCGCGCUUGGAGCUCAUCAAGCACAUGGUGAAGCGACCUCCGGAUGCUGCCGUCACAGAAGCGAGGGCCCCUAUUGUGGUGCGCCAACUCCUGUUGCUCAUCCACUUCCAGGAGAACGUGAAGUGCUUGGCAGACCCCAGCGUGGGCGCCAUGGACACCUUCUUCCACUUCCUAACGCUGAACUUCCAGACUGUGACACGCACCCAGGACCUGCUAAUCAAGUUGCUGGCCGGGCCGCUGCCAGAGUUGCGCCAGCAGUGGGCGGAGGAGAUUUGCCAGGCGGAGAAGUUCCAGCGCUUCAUGCAGCAGCAGAUCCGCCAGGAUGACCGCCGCAUCACCAGCCAAUACCGACUGCUGAUGAACUUCGUUCUUCAGCAGUGCAACCAGCGAAAACUCAUGGCCACUUUGUGUGCUAUCCGGGAUGACGAGCUCUCCAACGAUGAGCAGUACUUGGUUUCCCAGGUCCUUUACAGCUGCCUUUCCACGGUGCCUGCGACAGUAGCCACCAAGGCCAUCCAAGCGCCCAAGCCUUUGCGGAAAGCCCGCGCUAGUGAUGGGCUGGGCCAGAUUAUGAAGCUCCGUGUGCCCGGGGCGCCUGGCAUGCUGGUGAAGGCUAUUCCUCAAAUUGGGCGGCAGAUCGGGGAUUACAUCUCUGGUGCUACGGCCCUUAUCGAGUGGCAUGAUGCGCCUAUUGUGGUGGACCCCAACGAGAUCAUCAUUUGGCUCGCCAAGACGGAGUCGGCUCUGCAGCAACCCAUCCACCGCCGCGAGGAGUGCAAGAUGAUCCUAGCCCAAACCAGGCCACUCAAGAUGGAGCUCGCCGAGUCAGAGGCCCAAAAAAUUCAAGACGAAGCAUACUUCAAGGAACGCUACAGGCAUGCCUCACGAGAGCCCAUGGAGAUCUUUCACCUGGAUUUCCACGACACCAUCUACUAUCAGCUGCAGUUCAUGAGCGGCAAGAAGCUGGAUUCGUUCCUGGAGAAGGAUGAUAUCGAGAUGGUGGCCGAUGAGCCUCCUAAGGUUGUGCUACAGGGCAUGACGGAGGGGAUGGUGUCGCAGGAUGCCUCGGAGGACAAGAGCAAAGCGAACACCAGCUUUGCGUUUGAGAAGGCUGGAAGGAAUGAGAGCAUCGUGGAGUACAUCCUUCGCUUGGUGGAGGCCAUUGAGACUCGGCUUCGCCGGGAGCUGGAGCGCGACAUGGAGGAGACUGUGGAGGAGGAGGGAGAGGACCAGGAGAAUUUGUCGAAGGAAGACCCCACGGGGAUCGUGCCCUUCAUGACUCGCCUGCUCAAGUGGACACGGACGGCAAAGGCCAGCUCACGGAACCUGGACGUGCUGGGAGAUGGUCAGGUGGCUUCUGGCGGCCAGGACAUCGAUGCUGCUGCCACGAAGAAUGAUGCGGACAAGACCAACGUGGUGGCCAGCAUGAGUUACGUGCGCCUGAAUGACCAGCUGCGGCCCAUCCAGCGGAUUUUGGCACUGGCUGUGCUGGCGGUUGCGGCGAAGCAGCCCCACAAGCUCACGGAGAACGGCCCGCGGAUCUUGAGUCUGGUGGACAGCCUCGACCCCACAGUGGCCCAAGCCAUGUGCGACUCCGUGCUGCAGCUCCUCUCCAUUCCUCGGAAUGUGGCCAAGUUCAGUCGGGCCCAGGUGGAGAAGGUGCUGUCCUCCAUGACCCAGGCCUUCUCAGCGCCAGCGAAGGCGGAGAGCUCCCUGCUGAGCUUCUGCAACAUCCUCACCAAGUGGCUGAAGCCGGAGGCCAAGGACAUCGCGGAGAACAAGGACUCAGCGUCCAGCCGCAUCAUCAGCCCUUUGCUGGCCAUCUUGCAGAAACCAGAGACCUCCCAGGAGCAGCGCGCCUUCAUCUUCAACGUGAUCCGCCAGGGCAUGCGCUACGAGAUCAUCUCCGCCGUGUCCUUCACCGCCCGCCGCAAGGCCGGGUCGUCGGGAGCUUCCGGAGCUGGGUCCAGCGGAUCGGGGGAGCAGCUGCUGCAGGUGCUGAGGCCAUUGGAGAGGUCCGUGGACCGACUCAGCGAGCUGGAGAACUUUCACGACCUCUUCCGGGACCUCUCGGUGGCUUUCAGCUCGGCCUCCGUGCUGAAGAAGGUUUGCCUGGUCUCCAACCCCGAGGGCCAUGCCAUGCUGAUCCUGGAGGACGUGGUGCCCAAGCUGAUGCGCGUCAUCGGGGAGAUCAAGGACUUCUUGCCGCGGUUCAGCGAUGCCACCGCCUUCCACCUCGAGACACCUUCAAUUUGCAUUGAUCCUCAGACAAGAAAAGUCGUUGCACCCAAGUACCUGCUGCUGCCCUACAUCUUCAACACACGGCUCUUCCGGGAGCUUUGCGGGGCGAUUUCCAAUGUCAGCCAGUGCCUCUCCAACCUGCAGUCAGACUUGCUAGAGAACACCAAUUGCGUGCCUGUCCUGCAGCUGUUGGCAUACGACUUGGGCGAUGGCCUGAGAGACUUGUACAACAUGCUCAAGGAUGUGGAUGUGGACGUGGGCACCAAGAACAUGUCUCUUUUGGAUCAUGUGGACACGGACAUGACAAUGCUGAUUGAUGCCAUGUCUCACAUCGUGAAGGUUUGCAACAGGAAGAUGCAUGCGCGUGUAGUGGAGGUGAUGUACACCUUGCUUCAUUCUUGGGGCCCGCAGAUGCCGAAGCGUGAGUGCAAGAGGCAAGACGUGCUCAAGGCCACGCAUGACUAUCGCAUUGUGAGCCACAUUCUCACAAAGAGCGAGGAAAGCUCUCAGACUCAGACGGUGUACUUGGACUCCCGCAACGAGCGCGCCUUCACCUUCUCUCUCUGGGCCAAGACCGAUAAGGACGUGAAGGUGGACUUGAAGAUUCUCUGGGACUGCUUCUCCACGAGCAUGAGUCAGGCCGAGUUGGCCCAGGCGGUGAAGAACGGGGAGGACAAGCUUCCCAUUGAGUCCUCCUUUAAGCUCAUGCGGCGCCAGGGGGAAAUGGCCUUCCACGCAAGGUACCUGGAAGAGAGGAGCACAGAUGAUUACAAGCACCGGAGGCGUAGGACCUGGGAUUGGAGAGACAAGAAUGAUCAGACCAUCAAGAACAUCCUGAACCACAAGGGAUGGGCAUACUUUGCCUUCACAGUAAGCAUCAGCGAGCAGAGAAUCAGGGGUGAAUUGAAGAAGUCCCAGGAUCCCACAGUGAAACUGCAGAUGAAGUUCAAUGACACUAAGGCGACUGCUGACUUGCGGAUUCUCUCCUGCAUUCGCCAGACCAAGCCCUUGCAGACUAUCCGUUUGGAAAUGACCCGGGCUGAUGAACAGUACGAAGUACUAAAUGAGAGAGCUGAUGAUGAGUAUUCUCCGAGCAACAUGCAGACCAUGCACACCUCGAUGGGAGCUACCGCUGUGAUUGGAGCCACCACGGGUCUCACUGCCUCUGACGGAGCAACCACCAUGCUCACCAUGAAGUCCAGUGCGCUCGGUUCGCAGGAGGGCUCACAAACUCAGGACGUGGGAAAGAGCUUCAUGAAGAGUGAGAACAAGAGCUCCUUUUUCUCGGAGGCCUCUGGCGCUGCCUCCGGCAAUUCUGGGGGCGGAAACGAGAAGGACAACAGCAAGAAGGGGAAGGGGACCAACCCCUUCGAUGACCCUUCACACCCCUUCGAAAAGGCACAGCUGGAGAACUUUAUGGCGGUGCUGCUGCCUUUCGACGUGCACGCGGGGGCGGUGCACGGCCUGCUGCAGAUCGCUCCCUCGGACUACUCCCCGGAGCAGAGGGCGCAAGUCAUGAGCUCCAUCACCAUGCCCGAGGUGUUCCUGCAGCACAAUUUGGUGCCACUCCUUGUGCCCAUGUGUGGAGGGCACGCCAGCGAGCAGCUUACCCGCUGGGCCUGCAACACCUUGUACUUGAUGCUCAUGGCCUUUGUCAGGCCCGUGCCGGCAGGACUGACUGAGGAGGUGCAGGCCAUGCGUGCCCAUCGGAGCUUCGAGGGAGUGCUCCAGCAAUUUCUGCAGACAUGCCAGCUGGGGGAUCCUGCGGACAGCCUCGGGGGCGUGCGCGUGUUGAUGGAUGUCCUGUGGAAGCUUUUCACUCGGCGCCGGCGCUUCAUGGAUGCGGAGACUUACUUGCAGUCCUUGAACCCCGAGGAGGCAUCCACCAUGCACGCAGACAACUACUACCAUGUGCCCUUUCUAGGAAGUAUUGUGCGCGUCCUGACCAGCCUUUGCAUUGGCAGAGACAACCGGGCAGUGAAGGUUGUCCAGGAUUUCAUUGCCAAGGAGCUGAUGGUGACGAACGAGGCCGCGGCCUCACGCCGCCGCCCAGAGCCAGAAUGCCACGACAACUACUGGACCAGCCACGCUGUAACAUUCGACAACCGGGAAUCCAAGAAGAAAUCCUUGCAGCAGCUAUUCGAUGAGAAGGAUCGCUUUGUCCUCCUCACCAUUGGGACGCUGGUGCUUUUUGAUCCUCAUGAUCCAGAGAUGGAAGCUGAGGGCAAGAUCCCCCGUGUGUUGUGGAAUCAGGACAGGGUUCAGCCUCCACGCUACGCUUGUGGCCAGCACAGCGACGAUGUGACGCAGCAUGUGGGUGACAACAUCUCCCUUGAGCGGUUCCUGUACUUUGCGCUCAUCAAUUUGUUGGCCCAUUUGUGCGCAGACCGGAACACCCGAAAUGCCCAGCUGGUGUCCAAGUACAUCCCUGACAGCGUGGUGAAGUCGCAACUGGUGCAGCAGGAGACGCUGCUGAAUGCUGGCCUGCGCUUUGUGCCUCCUGACUUGUUGCAGUAUGCGCUCUCCGAGCCUGAGGUCGAGGCCCGGGAUUUGGGCGACAUCAGCGACCUCGCUGGGCUCAGUGCGCAUGCCUCGCUGUUGCUCUACGGCUACUUGGGCCAACCACCCUUCUCAGACGAGGAGACCCGUAGUACCAUCAUCAAGUCUGUGUAUUUGGAUGGCCGAAGGGCCGAUGAUGACGAUACAGUCUACGAUGAGGCUGGCUCCAAUCUAACGCUUGCUGCCAAGUCAUUGCAAGACCUUUGCCAUAUGUGCUCAUGGCAACUGGCAUCUCUCGCAGACCUCUGUGAUAACAUGUGCACCUUCAACAAUAAGCCAAUGCCCAAACCGCCUUUGAAUUUCACCAACACCAUGAGCGCCCUCAUCAGUGCUCUCAGUAAGAUGCUGAGCAAGCUCAUCGGCCUUGGCUAUUUUGAGCGCUUUCGCAUGGAUCAAUCAUAUGCUGGCGAAAGGACAAGGGCCACGGGGAACAUUUACAGAAUGGACCACUUGGUCAGCAUCUUCACGCUGAUGCACAAACUUCAGAGGACACACCGCAGUGUCGUUACACCUCUUUUCUUGGCUGGUCUGACAGACGUAUGCCGCGUGAUCAACCAGUGCUGCGCACUGUCGGUGAACGAAAAUAUUCUGCAAUUCAUGGCCGGAUUCCUGGAAUUUGUGCCCCCCUCUGUCCGGGCAAAAACCAAAGUUCGGCUCUCCAUUCCGGAGCAGGCACCUGCGAAGCUGAUCACCGCCUUUGAGAUUGAGGAGUGUGAAAGCGUGGAGCGAGUGCUGGCAGAUCUGGGGAAGUGCUCCUUACCUUGGGAAUCCAAGCACGGCUUUGAGGCGGCUCGGAACCUUGCAAACUUUAUCACAGUGCUGCUUGAUUGUGUUUCUUUGCCUGAUGCUCGACUGGCCAUUCAAGCCGUCCGCCUGCUUUCUCGGCUCUGUAGGCGCAGGAAGGAUUUUUUGGAGGCGAUUGACAGACUGGAGCUUUUGGACAUGGAUGAUGCCGAAAAGUUCAACUCGCUGGAAUCCUGGGUCAAGGAAACUGACCGGGUCAUUGACAACAUCAACAAGGUCGAAAAGGACUUGCGGGACCAGCAGAUGUUCUCUGAGCGAGAGGGGCUAGAGCAUUAUGCUCACCAGUUUGAGAGUAAUGACUGGAACGAGGACGAUGCUGCCAGCAGUCAUGUGGAGGUGAAGGACAAGGCGGACCGCCUGCUGGAGUAUGCGGACAAGCACCAGCUGCAUCAGCAAGUGGUUAGGAUGGCUGCGACAAACCUGCAGGGUGAUGCCCGAAUUUUGAACUUUGACUUCGAGGUAAAGAGUUUGCCAAAGCGCGAUGAGGACAACAAGCCGUGCCCCCUGUUCAUCGGCGUGCUCAGUGCAGGCUGGCUACCCCCCAAGGAGGUCAACGUAAGAGCAAACCGCUUUAAGCCGCCCAGCGAGUUCUUUGGAUGUGACGAGACCGGACAACUCUAUAUCAGGGGCCAAAGUAUGAGCGACUGUUUCGGGGGCUUCCAGCAAGGGAGCUGCGUCGGCGUGGAGCUUGACUACACUGGCGCCUCGCCAAAGCUCUUCAUUUACGUGGACGGAUAUCGGACCGCUUGCAUCGACAGGGAGGUUGAGGAGAACUCGGUGCCCUGCGUGGUCUUUGGCUCACUGCAACAGCAGGUGAAGCUGAACCAGGGAAGGCCCAGGCGAGGCAAGGGCAUCUUGAUCUCGCCCAAGGAUACCAAGCUCGAUGAAACCUCCCUGGUGGUGGACAUCAUGUAUGAUGUGCUUCGGGAUGUGUACGCCAUCAAGAGCAAGUCUGAAGCUGAGGAGGAGUCGGUGAUUUACAGCGGCUGGAACAGCUGCGCGUGCACCAGCGCCUUGGACUUCCGCUCGGAGUACUUGGCCAAGCUGAAGGCCUUCAAGCUGCCGGUGCUGCCCAAGAAGACCCAGACCUGGUGCGUCAAUGUAGCACUCACCCAGGCCUUCAUUGAGUCUGCUCAGUUUGUGCGGGGCUCCCAUGUGGCAUCCCAGCGGGCCUUCAACUCCUUUUACAGCAACACCACCACGCACUUGCACCGCAUGGUAGGCACCAAGUGGAACCCUGUCAUGGAGGAUGACAAGGAUACUGGCUUGGUGUCCAUCGACAUCCAUGAGAACAUGGUCUACGGUGCCACCAAAUUGUUCGUAUGCUUCAACGAAGAAGAUCCCUCACAGCUCUCGCCAGAGCAGGACACAGAGAUCACUCUCCGAUUGCGGCUCACGCAGUUGUAUCCCGUGAGAGAGGAAAAGGCCCAGCUGGCCAAGCUCUUCCGACACUUCACCUCUGUGUGCAAGCAGGGAGACGGGCACCUGCUGAAGUACCACCGAGUGGAGUUGCUGGCUUUGAGGGUGCUCAGCUUUCUGCGGAGCUCGGUGCCGUUACGGAACUCCAUUAUGGCUGAGAAAGCUUAUCACAGAGACAGCGCCUUUGAUGUGGCUGUCAAGUUCCUGCAAUCAUUCACUGCCCUCCUCCCCAUGUACCGCGAGAUUUUCCUGAGGCCUGACGUGUUCCGGUUUUUGGUGAAGUCGCUGGCUUAUGAGGACAUGGGAAUCUCAAGCCUCCUAGUGAACAUCUACCUCAACAACCCCAAUGCAGCCCAAAACGUGACCCCCUCCUUCGUCCGAGAGAUGAUGGAGGUUUUGAAAGACAAUCUGACGGCACGACCAAUGGUGUCGCUGGAUGCAUUGAGGGUGCUGAACGCCGUAGUCACGCUGGGCAAAGACAACAUCGAGUCUCGGAACAAUGGGAACAUCAUCGCCAUGGAGUUCCUGAAGGAAAACACGGUGUUCCGGUUGGAGAGCCCUUUCAUCGCCAUGGCGCGGGACGGGUUCCUGAGCGCCAAGAUCAAUUUGAAAGACAACCGAGAUAGGAUCAAGGAGUACUUGGAGGCCUUGGAGCAGCGGGCUCAGAGGCGUCAGGAGCUGCGUGGAGGCGUCAAGCAGGCGGAGAGUGAGGCCGACGCCGAGGGCUUCGACCCCCUGGGGGAGGUGAAGCGUCUGACUCUGGGCACACCGCGGAUGUUCCCCACCACCUUCGCGUUGGCCUCCAUCGAGCUGAUGCUCCGGUGCUCGGCCUUCGGGGUGAACGGCACGGUGCUGAGGCAUUUUGCCCGGGAGGUGAUCAAGUGCCAGCGCUCCGACGUCGAAGAAGAGGAGGAGGAUGAGGACUUUGCAGCCUUGGGCAUGGCCAGGCAGCGCUACUUUCGGCACGUGGUGUAUUGGCUUGCCUCCGACUCAGACCAGGAAAUCCCAUUGGUGGUGCAAGAUGCCUAUGUGCGGAUGGUUUGUAUGCUGCUCCAGCCGCACGAGAUCGAGGACAUGCUGAAUGACCGUUGGGAUGCAAGAUCUCAGCGACUUCGAAGAACGCCCGAGAAGCCAACACACAUUGUAUUGCUUUUGAUCCAAUGGUUCACGCAGUACUUGAGGCGAUUUCCAGAGCUUCACGUCUUCAGUCCCCGCAUCUCCCCGGUGGUGGAGGCCAUUGAUGCGCGAGUGACCUACAACCUCUCGCCUUACUUCAUCCGGGAUCAUUUGUUGCUGUUGCUGCUGCAGGUUCUGCAAGCCUACAACGAGCAGAACACCUGGAAGCGUUGGUGGGCGCAGAACUUCCUUACCUCCGGAGCUCCGCCUAAUGAGUUGGCCUUGGGAGGUGCUUCCGAUCAGGCGCCUGGAGCUGACAAGGUCGCCCAAGACUUCGAGUACAUGGUGAACAACGGCUGCUUCCAAGGUCAGCCGCCCAAGGCAUUGGAACCUGGACAGCAAGCUGAGGAGAAGGACGAGGAGCAAGACGGGCCUGAUAUCCUCUCGCAGCUCUGGGAGGUGCUGUUUGAUCAGCAGGAUUGGUGCCACCAGGAGUGGUCUUUGGACCAAGAGAUGUGCACUGUGCUGCAGCAGAUCUUGGACCUGAGCCUAUGCGACAGCGAGCAGCGCGACCGUGCGCAAGACCUCUUGCGCCGCAUCGGGGACCAGGAGCUGCCCCGGCCGUGGUGGCCUCAGGCAACCAGUGCCGUGGCCAAGGAGGACUACGAGGAGGGCUUGGGAGAUACGCUCGCUUUGGACACCCAAGCCUUGGACUCGGAGGCCAGGUCCAGCGCGCCGGGCUUCAACGAGGAGUUCUCCGAGCUAUGGCGCGUGUCUGCCUCCAAAGUGGGGCGCCAUGCGCGGAUCUCCGAGAAGGACCGGGAGCAGCAGCAAGACCACGCCCAAUCCUUCCAGCCUCUGCGGAAGGAAAUGGAUCCGGUGCUGCCACAGGGCUUGCGGAUGCCGCCCACAACCAAGGUGGCCAGGGAAGAGGAGGACCUCACAGACUUCAUGUACGAGCUGGUGGAGCUGGAUGAUGCCAAGCUGGCGGCCAACCUCCGCAUCGAUGUGAACCUGUGGAGGAGGCAGCAACUCACCCACCCCAGCUUUACGCUGGCAGGCACAGAUGAGCAGACUUGGGAUGUGCGCAAGGCCCUGCAUGAGUCCAUGCAGGCGAUUGGCAUGAAGCUCUUCUUCGAGGAGAAUGUGCUAAUGGAGCUCAUGAUGGAGGUGCACGUCACCACGGAGGUUCGCGACAUCAAGGAGCACUUGCUCGCGGACAGCAAGCCACACUCAACUGAGGACUUGGUCAUGAACCAGGUCUACUUUGAAGUGGAGGUCAACGAUGACGUCGUCUUCCUGGAAAACUUCACCUAUACCCUGGGCCGCAAGAAGCUUGUGCUUCAGGUGCUGGGGGCGCAUACAGUCACUAUGCGGUCUCGGUGUCUCUUCCAGUCAGCCGGCACUGUGGUCACCGUGGCAAAUCCCAGGCUGAUCGCCCUGACGAGUCCCACGAGCUUUGAUGCCAAUGUGAUCCAGAAGGUGGUGAAUGUGGGAACGCGGCAGCAUGCGCUGAGCAACGAGCCUGGCACUGACCUCAAAGACGCGCAGACACUGUCCAGCGACAAGAACGCCAUCAGCCGCAAAGUGAUCCACGAGCUGAUGCCCUCAUAUCGGGACAUUGUUGUGGACAUUGUGGAGGAGCAGUGCUUUGGGCUCAGCGGGGGCCGAGCGGGGCUGGACCGUGUCAGGCUUUCGCGGAUUCUGGAAGUGGAACAUGAGGAGGUGGUCGCGAUGAUCAAUCGUGCAUGCAGCUAUGUGAUGCUGGAGCACUUGCUGAACAAGCUGGACAUUGAGCGAAAGGAUUGGGAGCUUCAAGUGCAGCAGACCUUCCCCAAUUUGAUGCCAGUCCUGGAGACUCUCAGCGAGAACUCCUAUGAGAACGACUCGGAGGUGCCGCUGAUCCUGUGCCGCGAGCCAGAGGAGGAGAGGAUGGAGACCUUGCGGUCCUGGAUUCUGCGGAUUUGCCACGUGAUCCGUACGGUGGCCUUCACCAACCAGCCGCGGCUGAGCUUUGCGGAGACGGCCGUGGAGGAGAACAUCUUCGAGAAGCUCUUCGACGACACCGGGGAGAUGCUGCUGGCCAGGGCCUGCUGCGCGUCCCUGCUGAACAUCUUGCAGGAGAUCUUUGCGCACCAGGAGGACAUCGAGGAGAAGUGGGACCGCUGGACCGUGGCGCAGCAGAGCAGCGGUCAAUUCCUGAAGAGCUUCGUGGUGGAGAAGGCCAUCUUCUUCUGCCCCUUCUCGGUGGAUCGGGACCUCAAGCGCAAGGUGCGCCUGAGGCUGCUCAAGUUUUUCGAGGAGGCCCAGGUGGAGCCCACGGAUCCUCUGCGCUUGGUGCCGGAGAUGAUGUACCACCCAGACGUGUGGCUCCGGCUGGAGGCCCUGAAGCUGGGCUGCAAGCUGCUGGAGGAUGCGGACCUCAGCCUGCAGGCAGCCUUUUGCCAGUUCGACAGCCCCCAGCUGAACCUGCAGAAGGCUCUGGGCUUUCAGUUCAGCGACUUCAAUAGCUCCAGCAGUGACGAGGUCCAGGUGAUGGACGUGAUGCUCCGGAAGCUGCAGAACCUCUGCGAGGGCCACAACUCCAAACUCCAGGACUUCGUGGGUGAGGACCUGUCCAUUGAGGGGAAGGACUUCGCCACCUUGCUCGCGGAGUUCUUGGAAGAGGAGGACGAGGAGGAGGACAAGGGCGCCUCGCAGCCUACGAACCUGGUGGAGUGGAUCUGCACCUUGGCCCGGCAGACGGUGGAGCAGAUGAAGUCGGACCAGCAGUGGCAGGUCUCGAUGCAGGGCUCCGAGACCAAGUACUCCAUGCUGCGCCAGUUGUUUGAUACCGCCGCGGAGAUCGUGCAGGGUCCGAACCGGGGAAACCAGCGGCUGUUGCUCCAGAGCGAGAUUCUGAUCGACGUGAACCAGCUUUGGAUGCGGCAGCGCAUUGACGAGUUCAGCUUUCGGGCGUUGUUGCAGGACAACGAGGACCUCUUCGAGCCCUUCAUGGGGCUCUUGGCGUCCAUGCGCUUGUGCGAGAUCUCGGUGCUGAAGUUCCUCCUGUCGCUGCUGGAGGAGGAGGAGCUGGACCCAGAGGAUCCCAAGUUCCGGCAAGUCUCUGAGGAGGUGGUGGACCACAAAGGCGCCACCAUUCGGCGAAUGGUCGAGGAGCUCAACCCCAAGAUUCUGUGCGACAAGGUCAUCGUUCACUGGAACCUCUCCCCCGAGGCACACGAUCCAAAGAAUCAGAUCAAGCCCGUGCAGGAUGCGGAUGAGGUCUUGGAGAACGACAGCGCCGAGCAGGUGAUUCGAACAAAGGGUGAGAAGGAAUCCACAGAGUACCCCCUGCCAGAUCAAGAGGAGCACUCCCUGGAAAUUUGUUUCCUUUGCUGGGCCCUUUUUGAGGGCAUCCAGCAGGCUCCAGAGUUUGGCAACCGGGGUCUCUUCGAGGGGAGCAUUGAGCGCAAGGCCAAGAAGCCCCUUCUUUACACUCGGAAUCAGUGGGCGACCUCAAAGUCCAAGAUCUACGACACCUUCAACGAGUCGGUGAGCAAGAUGCACCACAGCAAGUACCUGCACUUCCUUUUUGGGCGUGUGGAGAUCAUCCGGGGCCAGAGAUUGCAGAAGUUGUUCUUCCUGGUGCCUAAAGCCAUCCGGACGCUGAAGUCGCAGAGCCUCUUGAAAGACUGGCAGGAGGGCUGCAUCAACUCGGUGGACCGCAGUGGCCCUGAGGCCAAGCUCCAGGACUUCUCCGAGCAGAUCGAGGAGUACAUUGGCUUCGUGGAGCAUCAGUAUAACCUUUCUCAGAAGCCCUUCCCUCUGAACGCCUCCGGGGAGGUUAUGGCCACGGCUCGCAGUGCCAUCGUCCUGCUGACCAUCGCCAUCACCAGCCUGGUGGCCUUCCUGUAUGACGGCUCCUACUCGAAGGACCACAAGAUGGGGGAAUACGAGGUGCACUAUGCAAAAGAGUGGUACGUGUGGACCUUGACAUCCUUGAGCACUGCGCACUUUGUUUGUGCUGUGCUCUUGGUCCUCUUUCAUGUGGUUGCCUACUCACAGUGGAAGAUAGACACAGGCAUGGAUCAAUGGAAGGAAGAGAAUCCACACUCGCAUCACCGUUUGAACGGCAUCUUCGGAGGUAUUCUGACGCUUUGGUUCUUCUUCCAAGAUGCGGGGCUGGUAAGCAAGCUCUUCCUGGCCGGUAGCUCCUUCUUGGGUCUGCACUUCGACUUCUUGAUCUAUUCACUCCACCUGAUGUAUGCCUGUGCUCAGGUGGAAACCUUGGGCAAGGUCUUCGAAGCCUUGUGGAUCACCAAAGAUCAGGUCAUUGGAACUGCGGUGCUGGGCUUCUGUGUGCAGUACUGCUUUUUGGUCUUGGGCUUCUUGACCUUCCCAAAGGGCUACGGCUUUGCGGACAUGGACACCUCGCAGUGCAGCUCUUUGAUGGAGUGCUUGUUGGCCCACCUGGACUAUGGCUUCCGCUCAGGCCCGGUCUGGAAGACCGCGGAGCUGACCUGGUGGAAGUUCACCUUCGACUAUCUCUACAACUUGGUGGUGAUCCUGAUCCUUGCUGCCAUUAUUUCCGGUAUCAUCAUCGACACCUUCGCGAGCAUGCGAUCCGACCUGCAGGAGAAGAACGACGACCAGCAGAACAACUGCUUCAUUUGCGGCAUCAACCGCUCAAGGAUGGAGCGACAAAUGGUGAAGUUUGAGCACCACGUCUUUCAGGAGCACUACAUGUGGAGCUAUGCGCGCUUCCUCAUGUACUUGAAGCAGUCAAAAGACUCUGACCUGAAUGGACCCGAAUCCUUUGUGAAAACCAAGGUUUCCAGGCAAGACUACUCCUUCUACCCCAUCAAUCGGGCGCUGUCACUGGACUCGGACGAUGCGGAGGACUACUCCGAGCGCCAGGUGCGCAUCAAGGAUCUGGAAGAGAUGCGUGGGGUGGUGCGGCAAUGCUCCGAGACCUCCUUGAACGUGCUCCAGCUGAAGCGAGAGCUAAAGACGGUGCUCAAGGAAUCCAACGAGGCAGUGGGGGACAUGCAGAAGCGCCUCCAGACACUCUCCGGCGACGUGCAGAAAAAGGUGCAGGAUGCCAUGCUCCAGAAAGCUGCCCAAGAAGCGCGGAAGUGAUGCCUGCCAUCCACGAGGACGGCAACACUGUGAUGCCGGUUGCCAAGAGCGUUCUGAAUGCUUGCGUUCCUACCGCAAUGACUGUCACAUCGUUGUCUCGAAAGAGAAGAAGGAGCACAAGGCGAACAAGCAGAGACAGGAGAAAUGGAGAAAUGGACUGGAGCAGCCAAAAGGAGCGCAUCAUCCUGUUUGCCGACAUACGAAGGGUGGCAACUGCCAGGUGGCAGGAAGAGCAAAGCUGGGACAGCAUCAGCGAUCCACGGUGCGCCGAGAAGGGCAGCCAAGUGGAGGAAGUCUCCAGCUUCGUGAUUCGCGAGCCCUUCUGAGCUUGUACCGGGGUUCGUGAUGGAAGUCUGUACAUAUUCCAGCUUGUCGCAGAGAUGAAGAACACCCCAGUGGCCGGCCUGACCCGAUCCACUCACGAGGCAGAUUCAGCUUACGGCAGUGCUGACUCAGCGUCAUGUUGGCUUGGCCUAUUUGUGUCUCAGCAUGGUGUCGUUGAAGAUGGCUAUCCUAUGUUUGAAGCGUGUCUUCCGAUUGAGGCAAUCUCGAGGAAAUGGCCACCAGAAAACAAGAGUGCUUGAAGAGAACAAGCAAAACAUGCUAUUUGCAGUUGCUGCUGAGACACCCGAAGCUGAGUCCUCGCCUGUCGACUGCGCAAAGAAGCCCCGUCCCAGGUUGAAUGGCCUUGAGAGAAAUUCGUCUGAUUUUCGCGGUUUCGGUGC